AUGUUGGAAGAACGUAAAGAAUAUAUUCAACAACAAAUUGUUAGUUUGGGGGAGAAAAUAAUUUGUUUGGAAGCUGAAAUGAAAGACCUCCGAGCAAUUCUUUAUGCAAAAUUUGGUGAUAAUAUUCAAUUGGAAGAUGAACAGAAUAAUGGGGAAUAA